AUGUCAACUCCAAUUUCUAGUCUAAACAGUUUAUUUUCAUUCACAUCUCCUGCUGUAAAAAGACUUCUUGGUUGGAAACAAGGAGACGAAGAAGAAAAAUGGGCUGAAAAAGCGGUUGAUUCACUUGUAAAAAAACUUAAAAAGAAAAAGGGUGCACUUGAAGCUUUAGAGCGGGCUUUAAGUAAUCCUGGUGAACCUUCGGAAUGUGUUACUAUUCCUCGAUCCCUCGAUGGUCGACUUCAAGUUUCUCAUAGGAAAGGGUUACCCCAUGUAAUCUACUGUCGAGUAUGGAGGUGGCCAGACUUGCAAAGUCAUCAUGAGUUGAAACCUCUUGAUUUCUGCCGUUUCCCGUUUUCAGCUAAAGAAAAUGAGGUUUGUAUUAAUCCUUAUCACUAUCAGCGAGUUGAAAGUCCGGUUCUGCCUCCAGUCCUUGUUCCUCGACAUAGUGAAUACCCUAGUCUUAGUACUGUAACUCCAUCACCGGGUUUAUCACACUGUGGAAGCAGUGGAAUGUCUAGUUCCCGUUCAGCAUCUAAUCUAGGAAUGUUCCCGAUGACAGACUCAGCAAUGCCCUACAAUGUAAAUUAUCCACACAACUUCAGUCAUUCUCCGUCUCUUCCUCCCGGAAACAGUGGAACUUCUACAGACAGCACAGUUGCUGGACCUAUUCAUUCACUUAAUAGCUCAAAUCUUCAAUCUGGUUACCAAACUCAACCCAAUCAAGAUCCGGCUACCUCUGGACAAACUAUGCAUCCAGUGAAUUAUCAAGAACCUAAAUACUGGUGUUCCAUUGUUUAUUACGAACUAAAUAAUCGUGUCGGUGAAGCAUUUAACGCUUCACAACUGAGCAUAAUCAUUGAUGGUUUUACAGACCCAUCAAAUAAUUCAGAUCGUUUUUGUCUUGGUCUUUUGUCGAAUGUCAACCGAAAUUCUACGAUCGAGAAUACAAGACGUCAUAUUGGAAAAGGUGUUCAUCUUUAUUAUGUUGGUGGCGAAGUAUACGCUGAAUGUUUAUCAGAUAGUAGUAUAUUUGUACAAUCACGUAAUUGUAAUUAUCAUCAUAAUUUUCAUCCAACCACAGUGUGUAAAAUUCCACCUGGUUGUUCAUUGAAAAUAUUCUCAAAUCAAGAAUUUGCUCACCUGCUUAGUCGUACAGUACAUCAUGGUUUUGAAGCUGUUUAUGAAUUAACUAAAAUGUGUACAAUACGUAUGAGUUUUGUAAAAGGUUGGGGUGCUGAAUAUCAUCGACAAGAUGUUACAUCUACUCCAUGUUGGGUGGAAAUCCAUUUGAAUGGUCCAUUACAAUGGCUUGAUCGUGUACUUACACAAAUGGGUACACCAAGAAAUCCGAUUUCAUCGGUUUCAUAA